AUGGAUCCAAUUCCACCGGAACAGUUGGCUGCCUUGGCCAAGGAAGAUCGGGGUCCGCUCACCAAAUCUAUCGUUGUUGCUUUUACAUGUAUAGCGGGAAUUUGUGUCGCCCUGCGUAUCAUCACUCGGCUCCGAUUCUUGGGAAGAUCAUUAGGAUGGGAGGACUACACCAUUGUCGUCUCUAUGGCUCUGGCUAUUGCUACUGGCGUGCUCCAAGUCAUGCAGGCGGACGCUGGCAACGGCAAGCAUGCAGUCUUCAUCGAGUUUCCAGGUGGAGUUGAGAAGAUUCUGAUCUACCUGUUCUGGAGUAUCAUCUUCUACAACACCAGCCUUAUGUUCACGAAGAUAUCCAUCCUUCUACAGUACGGCCGGAUCUUUACUCUGCGAGAAAUGCGCAUACCACUCCACAUCGUCAUGGCCGUCUGCGUAGCUUGGGGUGUUACUACGCUCUUCACUUCCAUCUUCACAUGUGUCCCUGUCCAUGCCUACUGGAAGAUAUUGGAGCAGCCCGGAGCGAAAUGUAUCGACAACAAGACGAUUUGGUAUGUGAAUGCCAGCAUCAACAUCUUCACCGACCUCAUCGUGGCCUUCCUUCCCGUUCGUGUCAUCUGGACUCUCCAGAUCGCAUUGCGCCAAAGGGUCGCGCUUAUGGCCAUCCUUACCAUCGGUUGGUUCGUCUGCGUCGUGUCGAUUUUACGCCUACACGCUCUCAUUGUGCUUGUCGACCACCCAGAGGACAACACAUAUUACAGCGCACCGACAGCCUACUGGUCCGCAAUCGAAAUGAACCUAGCUAUCGUAUGCGCAUCGCUUCCCGCGCUCAAGCCACUGGUUGUCAGGAUCAUCCCCGGCUUUUCUUCCACCGUCCAAUCCGGCCGAUCAUACGGAAAUGGAUACGGAACUGGCACCAUUGGCAGCAGUGCCACCAAACAUCGGAGCGUCCAUGGUAUCAGGAGCACUGCAAGACACACUGACGAAGACUUUGAACUGGCACUGGGCCGGCCAGGUAGCACGACACCUUACGAGAUAGGUGCCGAUGGAGGGGGCAUGUUUGGGAAAAACAUUUAUGUCUCGCGACAGUUCGAACAGCAUUUUGAGCAGAGCUCGCGGAUCAGUGACAGCGAGAGCCAGAAAGAUUUGGUCUCAGAACGCAAAGAUUCGCAGUGGUCGUCCGGCAACAGUCAGUCUUGA